AUGACGAAUUUCUACACAGUCAGCCAGUAUAGGCCCAAGGCAGAGAAAUCCCCGCCAUUAGUUUAUUAUAGUGGGAGUAAACCACCGAGUUCUAUUAAGGGUGCAACUCAUCUCUCACUCUAUGACUACAACAAUAGAAAAUUAGAGAAGAAACAAGAAAAGCAGCCCUGGAGUGCGCUGUUUAAUGACAAGAAAGAAAAGAAAAGCCCACAAUUGCUAGAACUCAGAGGGUUGAUUAAUCAAGGAAAUCUAUGCUUCGCUAAUGCGAUAUUUCAAUCUUUGGUAUUCUGUCAGCCAUUUUAUCAACUAUUCAUACAACUAGGUAGAGAACUACCCUUUAGUUUUAACAAAACCCCCCUCCUAGACGCUACCAUCAUGUUUUUGAACGAAUUUAGAGUCCUGGAUGAUGACGAUAUCCAACUGCAGACAGGAGAACCUUUCACACCAACUAGCAUUUACGACGCAAUGAAGACCUACAAUAGAUUUUCUCAGAUACAGCUUGGUCAACAAGAAGACGCAGAAGAAUUCUUAGGAUUCUUCCUUGACACACUUCAUGAAGAAUUAUUGAGUAUAUCCCCACGUCUUAAGCCACGGACUGGCACAACACUUCAUGAAUGGUUCGAUGGACUCCUUCCGACUGAUCAACCUGCUCAAGCUGAUGAUGGAUGGCUUGAAGUUGGACACAAGAAUAAGACACUCUCUACAAAAUCUACAAACACUCAGGAAUCACCACUAACGAAGAUGUUCGGUGGUAAAUUUAGAAGUGUUUUGAAGACCCCUGGACAGAAGGAUUCAAUCACACUAGAACCAUUCCAACCAUUACAGCUAGACAUCCAACCAGACAAUAUUCACACUAUAGAAGACGCUUUAAUCAAUCUUGCUCAACCUGAAACAAUACAUGGUGUACAUUCAUCAAGUAAACAAGGUCCAGUAGACGCAAGAAAACAAGUUACGAUAGAUACAUGUCCACCAAUCCUCAUCAUUCACUUGAAGAGAUUCCUUUAUGACUCCAUAGGUGGUGUACUUAAAAGCAACAAGAAGAUCGGAUAUAAAUCAACUCUUAACAUUCCAAAUGAGAUUAUUUCACCUUCAAAAAGGCCUGCGGAAGGUCUUAAUUAUAGACUUUUUGCUGUUGUCUAUCAUCAUGGUCAAAGUUCAGGUUCUGGUCACUACACAAUUGACGUUUUACGUCAAAAUCAUAAACAAUGGGUGCAUAUUGAUGAUAUCGUUAUGGAUCUAUUGGAUGAAAAGGAUGUUGUUAUUACCCAUAAUAGCAAACAAAAUAACAACUAUGAUGAUAAAGUUGCCUAUCUGCUAUUAUAUUCCAAGAUUUAAUUUAAGAUAGCUUAUUUUUCUUACUUUAUGCAUAGAAUUAUUAUACACUAAAAAUUAAAUACACAUAUUCAAAACAUAAUACGUUCGCCUUGUUUAGGACGAUAAAAUUUUACACCUAAAUCUUCUGUAGAUGAAUUACUAUGUAAUUCUCUCAUAAUAGUUUCAGAAACAACGUCGCAUCCCAACAUUGGAUCUUCUUUUACAUGUGUUAUUGCUAUAACCAAUCCGUCCAGUGGCUUUUCAGUUGUGUGUUGAAAAAAACCGAAUCCUUUAUUGUAUCCAAUCCUAAGUGCGUGAUUUAAGCCGCCGAAUAAGGCUUUCCUAACUGCUUGACUAGCUUGAUUAGCUUGUGAUAAUGGUACAGAACCAUUCUCGUCAUCCUCGACGCUAUCUUGGGACACAGAUUGUGUCUCAUCUUUCAUUUUACUCUCAUUGAUAUAUUCGUCUAUACUGAACUCUGUAGCAUUUACAUUUUUAAGUUCUUCGACUGGUAGUUGUUUGAAUUUUUCAACUAUUAUAGCUAAUGUUUCCAACUCAUCGAUGAGUAGAUCUGGUUUAAAAUGACCAAAGAGGAGGUUGUUCGGUCGAUUGUUCAUGUAGCUACAUUCAAUCCAAAUCCACCUCAGUUCACCUAAAACAAAACGCUUAGCUGCUUCAAUCCAGACUGGCUUGUUGCGUGGAAGUGUGCUAAUAGCAUCUGGUUCCACAUCACCCCAAAACAAGAAGCUUCUGUUCUUCUCUUGAUGCUCAAAUUCAAUGAAGUAGGCUAUACUAUCAUACACUUCAUUUGGAUCUUUCUCAACUUGCAAAUAAGCAUGAGUGCGAGCAUCAGGUACAAGACCAAUUGUACCGUGGCUAAUAGGAAAUGGAGUGCAUUUAAAUGUGACUGCAGGCGUCAGUACAUCGAACUUGGCAAAUGGUUCAACUUGUGUAAAUUGCAAACGUUCGACGAGACCGCCGGCUUUUGACCAACUUGCUAAUGCAGGCCAUAGAAGACCGCCAAAAGCAAGUUCCACACCUUUGAGUGUCUUCUCGAAACCGAUUAGACUUUUGUAUGAGCCGAACUUUUGAGAACUAUUGAUAAUCAAUCCCGCGAGAUGAUCCAAGUGGGGAUGUGUAAUAAGAUAGGACGUUAUUGAGGAGAAUAUUCUAGAGGCUAAUCUAUAUCCGUCGACAUCUUGUCGCGUGUCUGCUUUUGUCGUUGUGGGGGGAUAAGCCGAGCUAGCGGAACAACUUUCGUCUGGAAGACUAUUCCGCAGAUCGUCUAACAUUUCCGGAUUAGCUUGUAUGGCUUUUGACAAUGCACCAAUUCCAGAACCUAUACUAAAAUUAAUAGGAGAAAUGUGUAUGAAGAAGACAGACCAGCGUCUAUAGCUAUACUACCACUAUCCCAUGUCUCGUGGUAUGAUUUGAAUAUAUAUCUAAGCAUGAAUCAGAUUGAUUCGACUGAUUAGUAGAUUAUGUCACACACGAUGUUAGAUUGGAUUCAUC